GGUUUCCAUGGCAGCACUGAUAGCUGCGGUGGUGGCGCUGAGCCGAGCUUAAGCUAUGCUUUUUAGCUAGUUAGCUUAGCUGACUUAAACGUUCAUUUUAAACUAUUUUAGACAUAUUCAACAACUUCUUUCUGGAGUAGUUGCUGUGUAGUUUAACGUUUACACAGUUUCGGACAUCUGUACUUAUGACAAUAACAUACAAUUGAACAAUAAUUGCCUCAUCUUUAAUGUUUGGGCUGAUAUAACGUUACACAUGAAGAUUUGCUCAACAGGAUGUCAAGUUUUCCAGUGCCCUGUUUUUCAGCAUCUGCGUCGUAACCAUGCAGGGAGCUGUGGAUCUGGAGGCCCAGCUGGCUUGUAAAGAGAGAGAAUGGAAAGAGCUUCAGGCUUUGCGGAUUCAACAACUGGAGACUGCUUUAAAUGAAGCCACAUCAGAGCUGUCCACCCAGAGAGAUCGUUUCCUCCGCUUGCGGGAGGACUUCAAGUAUAAUCUACGUGUCUUGGAGGAGAGGGACAAAGAGCUGGAGCGCUAUGAUGCCUUGGCAGCCCGCGCUCAGACGGAAGAGAGUGCCAGGCGGGAAGAGGUCAGUGAGCUGAGGAUUGAGAUAGCAAAACUUCAAGAUGCCCUGGAGGAGCAGAGGAGGGCGAAGGAGGACAUUGAAGUGCAAUAUCAGAAGAGGGGAGUCGAACAUAGAGUCAAACUGGAAAAAGUUCAGAACAUGAUGGAAAGUGAGAUUCAAAAACUCAGGGAGGAAAAUGAAACACUUAGACGGGAUCUCCAGCGGCGAAUAAGAGAAUCUGAUGGUGAGCUGGCGCUUCAAAAACAGGAAAUGAUGGCAGAUUUUGACAGUGAGAUGAGGAAGCGGGAGCAUGAGUUCCAUCUGAAGCUGGAUGAAAUGAACAGUGUGGUUCUCUCACAUGAGCUCAAAGAAAAGCUAUUGAGCAAAGAGCUGGAGGUCCAUGCCAAAGCUCACAGUCAGGCCACCGAGGCCCUGCAGACCUCUGAAGAACUUCACCAGCAUGCUCAAAAAGAGAUCCGGCGUAGAGACUGGGAAAUAAAGAACACCACUGCAAUGAAAGACUCUAGGAUAAAAGAGCUUGAAGACAAACUAAAACAAAUGGAGAGCAUUAACAAAAAAGAGCAAGAAGCCUACAACAGGAAACACACAGAACUGGAACGAAGGUCUCGGGAGAAAGAGGAUGCGUUGGGUCUCAUGAGAGAGGCUCAUGCCAGGAAGCUCCACGAGGAGAGGGGGAAAAUCUCAGAAAUGCAGGCUCAACUGGACAGGAUGAUCCUGGAGCAGGAGAGGAGACAAAAGAGCCAUACGGAUGACCUUCAUCACAGAGAACAGCAGAUACAUGAGCUCCGAACGCAGCUGGAAACAACCCGAUCUGGCUGGGAUACUUACAUCACACAGGUCUCCAAAGAAAAUGUUGCCAAGGAUACAGAGCUGCUUUCUGUAGGGGAAAGAGAAGCCAAGGUGAGAGCAGAGCUGGAAAGGUGUAAAGAGGAUAUAGAAAGGUAUAAGCAGCAGGUGUCUAGUGGUCUGCAGAGAGAGCAGGCACUGGAGCAGAAGAGAGUUCAGCUGGAGUUGGACUGGGAGAGGCGUUGUGAGGAGGUGCGUUCCGAGCACUACCUGAGAAGUGAGGAGCUCAUCCAAAGCCUUACACAGGCCAGAGACCAGAUAACUGCUGAGCUGAGAGAGAAGGAAAGAGAAUUACAGGAGACGGUGACACUGCUGAAAAGUGUCACUGUAGAGCGAGAUCAGGCGCUACGUGGAACCAAACCAGCACUAACUGGAAUUCAGGCAUCUGCGGUAGACAGCGGCAGUUUCCCAUCAGAAGAAAUCAGGAGACUCCAGCAGCAGAACAGCACUCUCAGAGCAGUGGUGGCUGAAAUGAGGAAAGAUAUAGAGAACCUGAUCCAGCAGAUGCCUAUAGCUCAGAGUCAGACCACAAAUCCAGGACCCAGCACUGCAGGGACUACAGACUACAGUCAGGCUCUGGAGAAAGAGAUCCAGGAGCUAAAGGCCAAAUGUCGUGAUCUGGAGGAGCGGUUAGAGGAGUCUUCCAAGAUUGUCAAUACUGCCAGCAUUCCUGCCCUUGCAUUCCCUGUUUCCCCUGACAAUGCUUACCUUCAAAACCACAUUAGAUCACUUAAUGAGACCAUAGGUGGGCUGAGAGUGGAGAAAGUAGCCAAUGCCGCUGCUCUAAAGAGACAGGAAGUGAGGCUGGCUCAUUUGGAGUCUGCUGUGGAACAGCUUACCCAGCAGUGUCACUCAAAACACAUGGAGAAUGAGAGCUUACGUCUGGAGCUGGCCAAUCACAAGAGGGCAGCAGCAGCCGAAGAAGCGAGACUUAAGCAAAGAGUGGCAGCUACUGAGCUGGAGUUAAAUGAAGUGAGACGGGAGGCAGAAGAGUACCAAAAAGGCAGUUUGCUCCACAACCUAGAGACUGUUGCACUUGGCAACCAGGUGUCAGCACUAAAGGUUGACCUUGCAAGCAGGAGAGAGCCCAUUGUCCUUAACCAGAGUGAGAUGGUAAAGCAGCUUCAGGAGGAGAACUUGUCCAUGAGACAGCAACUGCUGCUGCUGCAGAGUUCAGCCAGAGGGGGCGCCGUGGGUGAUGCUCCUACUCUUCAGUCAAAGCUCAAACAGGCUGCACGCUUGAUCUCCAGCCUCAGUCAGGACAAACGGCAACUCAUUGAAAUGGGCAACAGGCUCCGGGCGCAGCUGAUAGAAGCAGGACUGGAGGUUCCACGGCACUGCAAAGUUCACAGCUCAAACCCAAAUGGAUCCGAGAAAGUCUGGUGCGAAAAAGAACCCCUCCGUACCGAGCAUGGGGUGCAACCCAAGAGCCGCUUAUCUACCCUGGAACAGUACAGUACCAGUCUAACCACUCAGGUUCCUUUUCUCUGUUCCUUCCUCAAGUCUGUGGGCAGUAAAGAAAACACUCCUCCGCAGAACCAAUCUGAAGCUCCGGUAAGACUGCCCGGGUCAUCACACUUCCUGUUGUCAUCCAUAACCACUGAUGAUUCCCUACAGAAUGUGUGGAAGAUGUUGGAUCAAGGUUUGAGUUCCUCUGUGUUUUCUACAAGUGACAGUGAGGACAAAGGUAGAAUGGCAAAAGCAAACGGAGGACUCCCAGAUAUGAAUCAGCCUCCUGCUGCUCCGGUCAGUGGGGGCACAAAAGCAUCACUCCAGGAAAAGAAGAAACAAAAUCCGACAACAUUAGCAUCUGCUAAACAGACACGUCCUGCUGGAAAUAAGAGCAAGAUUCGGAAUUACAACAUCAAAGACUGAAAAAAAUAUAUAUAAAUUUGGGUCAAUCCAUUUAAAGAACCGUCUCAUUUAAGUGCCGCAUUAUUAUUUUUUCAUUUUUGCAUCAUGACAUUUUUUUUAUAUUUGUACCUUUGUAAAUGUUUUAAUAAAUGAUUGCAUAAUAUGA